AUGGCCGUGAAUCUGACACCAGGUGCGGUAAUGAAGAUGUGUUUCACCGCGCCGGAGGAUUUUCAACCGGUGCUUCAAGUUAUCGAUCUAAGACUUGUUCAGUCGUCGCAGUCCGCUACUGAGAGAUACCGAGCCGUACUAUCUGAUGGUUCGUAUUAUGAACAAGGAAUGCUCGCUACACAGAAGAAUGAACUGGUUCAUUCUGGAAGGUUGCAGAAAGGUUCCAUUGUUAAGCUUCUUCAGUUCGUUACUAACGAUGUUCAGCGUCGCAAGAUUAUUAUCAUUGUUGACCUGGAAGUUCUAGUGGAUAUAUGUGAAUUGAUUGGAAAACCUCUACAAGCGCCAAAAGAAGCACCUGCACAAUUGAAUGUACAAUCAGCUGUAGGAAACACUGCUGGAGAUUCACAGACUUUAAAUACUAAUUCCCAUGCAGGCAGCGUUAAUGUUAGACCAAAUGUGGCUGUGCCACCAUCAAUGGAUCGUUCAAAAGUGAAUUCUUCUGCUAGCAGUGUUUAUUCUAACAGUUCUGAAUCUGCAAGGUAUGGUGCAUCUAAUGUCCCUCCUCCCUCUUAUCCUAAACCCGAGCCUGUAGUCAGUGUGAAUCGACCACCCCUAGUCAAUGGUUCUUAUGGUCAGCAGAAUGCAAGUUUCCGCAAUCCUCAAAAACCAUUGCAAAAUUCUUAUCCUCGCCCUCCUCAGCCUAUAUACAGACAGCCAACUCCAUAUGCCAAUAGAGGUCCUACGGGAAGAAAUGAUGCUCCCCCAAGGAUAAUUCCAAUAUCUGCAUUGAAUCCCUAUCAAAAUAUGUGGACAAUUAAAGCUAGAGUAACUGCUAAGGGAGAACUUAGGCUCUAUAACAAUGCCCGAGGUGAGGGAAAAGUAUUUUCUUUUGAUCUUUUGGAUUCUGAAGGUGGAGAAAUACGGUCGACUUGCUUUAAUGCGGUGGCUGAUAAGUUCUAUAGCCUAAUUGAAGUAGGAAAAGUUUAUUUGGUUUCUCGAGGAACUUUAAAAGCAGCUCAGAGAAAUUUUAAUCACCUUCCUAAUGAUCAAGAGAUAACCCUUGACGCCACAUCGGAUAUACGGCCAUGCCCCGAAGAUGAUAACUCAAUUCCACAACAAAUAUAUAAUUUCCGUUCUAUUGGUGACAUUGAGAGUAUUGAAAGCAACAGUAUUGUGGAUGUGAUUGCUGUGGUGACUUCUAUUAGUCCCACAGCUUCAAUCAUGAGAAAAAAUGGUACAGAAACACAAAAGAGAUCUCUCCAGUUGAAAGACAUGUCUGGCCGAAGUGUUGAAUUAACUAUAUGGGGAAAUUUUUGUAACACUGAAGGACAGAGGCUUCAAAGUAUCUGUGACUCCGGGGCAUUUCCAAUUUUAGCUGUAAAAUCUGCCAGAGUAAAUGAUUUCAAUGGGAAAUCCGUUGGGACCAUAGCCACCAGCCAAUUAAUUGUAGAGCCUGAAUUUCCAGAGGCUACUACACUGAGAGAAUGGUUUGAAAAUGAAGGUAGGAAUGUCCCAAGUCAAUCUAUUUCCAGAGAUUCAUCUUUUGGUAAAAGCGAAGCGCGUAAGACUAUAUCUCAAAUUAAGGAUGAAAAGCUAGGGACUUCAGAGAAGCCUGAUUGGAUAACUGUCUAUGCAAAUGUCGCAUACAUUAAAGUUGAUAAUUUUUGCUACACAGCUUGUCCUAUCAUGACAGGAGAUAGGCAAUGUAACAAAAAGGUUACCAACAACGGAGAUGGGAAAUGGCGCUGUGACAAGUGUGACAAGUCCAUUGAUGCUUGUGAUUACAGGUACUUGCUGCAAAUGCAGAUACAGGAUCACACUGGCCAAACAUGGGUUACUGCUUUCCAGGAGGGCGGUGAGGAAAUUUUGGGUAUAUCUGCAAAAGAUUUGUAUUUUCUGAAAUAUGAAGAACAAGAUGAAGAAAAAUUUGCAGAUAUUAUCCGCAAAGUUGUCUUAUCUAGAUAUGCGUUCAAGCUAAAAGUAAAAGAAGAGAUGUACAAUGAUGAACAACGCGUUAAGUCAACACUAGUAAAAGCAGAGAAGUUAAACCUUGCAUCUGAUGCUAGAUAUCUUUUGGAUAUGAUUGAUAAACUUCAGUCUGAAACUGGACUGGGAUGCGUUGAAACUGGACAGGCUGCACCACCAGUAUACACUCCUACAAAGAGUUACACUAAUACUGGUAGAGAUUAUGGGACAGCAAAUCAAGUGGGUCAGUAUGGAAACCAACCUGAGAGCUCUUUUACUUCGUCAGGGGCUCCAAAUUCGUACUUGUCUUGUAGUAACUGUGGUGUCUCUGGUCAUAGCUCUGCACAAUGCUUAAACAUUAGAAAUCAAUCUGGCCAGUCUGCUGGAGGGGCUUUUGCCAACAGGGUAUCUACUGGAUCCGAUGGUGCUUCUACUAAUUGCUUUAAAUGCAAUCAAGCUGGUCAUUGGGCAAGAGACUGUCCUGGUGUCACUCUUGCACAAACUGAUCAGCGUCCGCAGUUCCCUUCGGCUGGAUCAGGUGGUGUUUCUGGUGAGUGCUAUAAAUGCCGUCAAACAGGACAUUGGGCAAGAGACUGUCCUGGUGUCAUCAGUGCAGCAGCUCCAAGCAAUGCAGUGCAAGGAAGAUAUGGCAUUGCUCAAAAUCAGCAGUAUGGAAGAUAUUGA